UGCCCUUUUCCUUCAUUUUCGGUCUUAGCUUCGGUCGCGAGCCUCCCUCCCCUUGCUCUCUCUCUUCGUUGUUGCAGGAAUGAAUAGGGCCAUGAAGUCAGCCUCAAUAAACUCUCAAGUAGACCCUUUUCGUAUGAGGAUUGCUCUCUUUCAUUCCACCCCUGUCAUGGAUCGGAAAAGACGCACCCAUUGGGAUUCUGGUGGAGGUGCUUAUAAAAAUUCAUCCAAGAGAUACAACUAUUAUGCCAAGAAGUCAAGAAAGAUGCACUCAAAAGAAACAUUGUUUCGAAAUGUCGGUGCCUUUGCGGAACACUUAUUUCAGAGCUGGCAGCAUGAUUCUUAUGAUUAUGACCCAUCUUCAAGUCGAGGUAGCUCAUGGUUUAGACAGGAACAUCGGGCUAAUGGAUCCAGAGGGGGUUGGACCGGCAAUCAAAGCUGGCAGUCUCGGCAUAGGAGAGGUUUCCAGUUUUGUGAAGAUGAUUUCGAAGACGAGACCGAGACCAUUUUUCGGUCUGCAUUUGGUGGAAACAGACACUUCUAUUGGUCCUUUGUGAAUGAAGAAAUUCCUCAAUGGAAGAGUUCCUCAGGUUACUCUGCUAACUACAGGACCUCUUGGAAAUGGAGACAUCAAAAUGAAGAGGAAUAUGACUCCUCAACAGAGUCGGACAGUUCGGAGUCAGAUUUGGCGUCAGAUCGAUUGGCUCUUGGCUUAAGUGCUACUGGUCCUUUAAAAUUGGAAGAUGUUAAACAUGCAUAUCGAGCAUGUGCACUGAAAUGGCAUCCUGAUCGUCAUGAUGGCUCUUACAAGGCUGUUGCCGAGGAAAAGUUCAAGGUCUGCAGUGCAGCGUAUCAAUCUAUAUGUGAUAAGUUGGCUCUAAACUAACAACAAUUCUCUCAAGCAACCCGGUAUAAGCAUAGAUCCCUUCAUCUUUCUUCAACUCUCUUGGGCCGUUUGGGAGAUAAAAAUAAAAUAAAAUCUUCAGGUUUUGGCCGAGUUAUUUCUCAAUUCAACUAGAAAUGCACUUUAGGAUAGUUAUGCUCGAACUGCGGGAAUAAUUUAUUCUGAGUUGCAGUUAGAACAACACUGAACCAUCUUGUAAUUCAAUUAGAAAUGUACUUUAGGAAAGUUAUGCUCAACUGCAGGUAUUAUUUAUUCUGAGUUGCAGCUAGAACAAUACUGAAGCAUACUGUAAUGACAACCAUAUGUGCUCGGUUUUGUUUUUUAUUUAUAUAUUUAUUUUUCUCGAGAA